CAAUGAUGGGAUAUAAGGGUGCUCUCGGCUUCGGAUAACACGGCACCAAUGAGUGGAGGUCAGAGAUGAAGUACCUCACUAGUGUCGGUCUCAAACGCCGGCGCACGGGAUGCCAGUUCACGAUCACCUAUUCUUUUCACCAAGGGUGAGCACGCAGCACGGGUGCAUACCCAUUAGGCCGCCUUGUAGCCCCUCCCAGCCAAGGAUAGUAGGGCCACAAGCGACGGCUGCUACACUAGUUAUAAGAAUUUAGGAAAAGGCUCUAUUUGGUUAUCCAAAAGACUACUUAUUUUCAACAGGAACAAAGAACGGCAGAACAGCAACCGGGGCUCGUGGAGUCAAGCGGUAGGGCCGGGCGGUGUAGCCUGGCCAUAAUAGCCUGAGGCAAUGGCUGUGGAGACAUCUCGGAUCUAGAAGCGUGGACUAGAUCCGGAGAAUGUUCGGCACCAAGUAGCCAAGCCUCCAAAAUGCCUAAGCAUCCGCUGCGCACCAGCACGUCUGCCUAGAGCAUUAAGAACCACCUUCGACUAGUGAUUCGGCGAAGGCUCUUAUGGUCGGAUAAGCACUGCGGUCAGAGACUGUGAAAGAAAUUUCUGGUACAUUCCUCAGCCGAAAAUCCCAUAAUUCAUGCCAUACCAAAGCGAGCUUCUCAUGAUGUUUAUUUAUUCUUACCUACUCUCCAGCCUGUCCCUUCACAAGCCUACUCGAAGGAGUGUCGAUGAUGCUGCAAGCCAGGUGAGUCAAAGCCUUAGCAUGGGGUUAGUGGCAAAUAUUAGGCUGGCUGAAAUCGACACUGGCGUUACGAUUGAACUUCUAUGACAGUAGUCACUUUAGGCGAGCAGCAGUAAUCUGAGGGAACAGCGUGAACCAAGGAGACUGCGGCACUCUGGACAGAGGAUGGGACAGUACAGUAGUUGGACUUUGAAUAGAGAAUUAGAGUGACUAAGACCUUUGUCAUAGGUUCUAUGUCCAUAGUGGACCAUAAGCUUCA